CUUGGGCAGAGCGUUGAGCACAACGUUGGCCGCUGUCGUCGCGACAAGUUUAUUGGUGGAAAAGUGAAAUAUCGCUAGUAAAUCGCGUGUGAGUCGCGCGUGAAACGCUUGUGAAUUGCUUGUAAAACGCUUGUGAAUCCGAAUCCCUGGUGAAUCGCGCUGUUCAAAAUGUCGAUGGAUCCUUCGGUUUCACUGGAAGAUCUGGAACGUCGGCGUCGUCGAGCCAGCUCAGUGCGGAAAGCUUCGCAGACGCCGCAGCCACCGCCGCAACUAGGAACGGACUCAGAGGCGAUGGCCGUAAUCAACGAGAUAUUCAAUCCCAGGCUUAAGCUGCCGGAGAGCACAGGCCAUUACCGACUGCCCGAGAAGCUAAGCGCCGAUGAUCACGUAUCGUCGAAGGACCUGGAUAUUGCCAAGCUGGCGGAGUUGAAGGAAGUAUUCACGCUCUUCGACACGGACUGCGACGGGCUGAUAUCCAAAGAGGACCUGCGGUUCACCUACACGGCGCUCGGCAAUGAACCCAACGAGCAGCUGCUGGAGCAAAUGAUGCAGGAAGCGCACGAGCCUCUGGACUAUGAGGCCUUUGUGCAGCUUAUGUGUCGUCGCACCAUAGAGCUGGAUCCGGAGGAAGUGCUGCUCGAGGCCUGGAGCAAGUGGGAUGAUUACGGCACGGGCAAGAUCGAUGAAAGAAAAAUCUAUGAGGAGUUGACCAACUAUGGCGACAAAAUGACCAUCAGUGAGGCAAAGGAGGCGCUCAGCCAUGCGCCCAUGGCCAAGCCCAAGACACUGGAAGAGCCGCCCAUGAUUGAUUAUCCUGCAUUCUGUCGCAUGCUCGGUGGGAUGCGCAAACGCAAGAACUAGCAGCUGAAGGCGAUGUGAAGCAAGAAAAAACCAACUAUAAAAGCAAAGUUACAAACUGAAAUGUUGCAAGAAUUUAACUCAAUUUCAUCAAGUUUCUAUAGUAUAGCUUUUAGAAUAUACCAUUAUUUUAUUGUAUUUCGAAAUAACUUUAUAUAUCCUCUAGAAAAUGUUUGCU